AUGCGGCGCGCCAGCCGAGACUACACCAAGUACUUGCGCGGCUCGGAGGAGCUGGGCAGCGGCGCCGCCCACGAGAGCGCCCCGCCACCGCCGCCGCCGCCGCCGCUGCCGGCACACCCGCACCCGCCGCCCGCCUCCCGCUCCCUCCUGGCCGCCCUCGUCCUCCUGGGGUUAGGGCAGGUGGUCUGCAGCGUCGCCCUCUUCCUCUACUUCCGAGCUCAGAUGGACCCUACUAGAAUUUCAAAAGAACAUGCACACUGUGUCAGAACACUUUUUGGUCAUCAAGAAAGUACAGAUUUACAUGAUGCAUCCUUUGAAAGUCAAGAAAUGAAGUUAAUGCCAGAAUCAUGUAGAAAUAUGAAACAGGCUCUCCAAAGGGCUGUGCAGAAGGAAGUCCAGCGUGUCAUGGGAAGAACAUCACCAAGACCAGAAAAAGCUGCAAUGGAGGCAUUAGGAAUUGAACUGUACAAGAGAAACAAACCUGAGAAGCAGCCAUUUGCCCAUCUCAUUAUUGAUGAUAAGAAUAUUCCAUCUGGAACCCGCAAAGUGAACCUCACAUCCUGGCAUCAUGACAAAGGCCAGGCAAACCUAUCGAAUAUGACAUUCAAUGAUGGAAAACUAAUUGUUAAUCAAGAUGGCUUUUACUACCUUUAUGCCAAUAUCUGUUUUAGACAUCAUGAAACUUCAGGAAACUUGACUAAAAGAGGGCUUCAGCUGAUGGUAUAUAUGAUUAAGACAAAUCUUAAAAUAAGGCGCUCUGACGUGUUGAUGAAGGGAGGGAGCACCAAAUACUGGUCAGGAAAUUCAGAAUUUCAUUUUUAUUCUGUAAAUGUAGGAGGAUUUUUUAAAUUAAAAUCUGGUGAAAUGAUAGGUAUCCAGGUAUCAAACCCAUUGCUACUGGAUUCAUCACAAGAAGCAACUUAUUUUGGAGCAUUUAAAGUUAGGGAUUUAGAUUGAAUCUUUCUUUAGUGUGCUGAAAAGUGUUUGAGUUUGGAGUUGUCCAGAAACAACUUGAAGACAGAACUGAAAAUCUUCUGGAACUCAAUUACAUCUGUAUAAGCCAUAUAUCUCUAAACACAUGUUUUUGUCCUGUACUGACUCCAGUGGGAGUUCCACAAAUGCAUGGAAGGGCAAAAUUACAGUUCUCCUGAUUUAGUCUUAUAGCCAUUUUACUUCAUUUGUUUCCACUGGCUUUGGUAGUCAUUAUGUAUUUUACAUUGGUGUAGUUGAAAUCAAAAAAAUUAAUAUUAUUGAACUUCUGUUUCCAAGUUCUGCUCUGACUUUUUAACCUGUGCUGUCCUUAUUAGCUCUGGUGCAAACAUAGGGCAGGGCAGACCUUGGCUCCCAGCUUGCAUUUAGGACUCCAUUUUGCUUGGGGUUGAGUGUUCUGAACCUGAGAUGGCAAUUAUGAAAGUAUAACUAAUCCCAUUGCAUUUGAUGUGACUUUUCACAUGCUGAGUUAGGCUUUUUUUUGCAUUGCUGGAUCAGGGUUGGAGAGCUCAGACCAUGGCAAAAAUGAGUUGCAGAACACCUAAACAGUUCAACUUAGGUUUUGCCUGAUUAAAAAGGGCCAUUCCAAGAAGAAGGAAGAUCAUCUGGCCUUGCAGUUCUAAAAGGUUAAUUACAGGUCAUUUUAUUAUUGUUGCACAGUUAAUUGCAAAUAUAGAUUGCCAAAAUACAAUGUGCCUUUAAAGUAUUACAUUGUGCCAGAACCUGCAAAGACAUUUUUUAAACAAAAAUUAUGUAUUUUUAUAUUCUGUAAAAUCUAAAGUUAUAUUUCAGGUGUAAUGUUUUGUGUUAAAAAAAUGUAAAUUAUAUUGUCCUAUAGUAUUUGAUACAAAAUAUUUAAAAUCUCUUGCUGUUUGUAUAUUUAAUGUUUUAAACUGUUUUUAUGUACAGACAUGUUAAACUGGUGCACUUUUUGAUCCCAAUGGGAAAAAAUGCAGCUAUAAGAGGUUGUUUGCAAUUAGCAAAUGUAAUAUAUAUCUUUGUUCUUCUUAACUUAAUAGAUUUCUUUUAAACUUGUCAGUAUUAUUGGUAAGGGGGGGUGAAAUCACACCAAUGCCAUGAGUAAUCAUACCAGAAUGCUGGUCACUGGGUGCCUUUCAAACCUGGGGGGUAAUUGACAUUACAAAGCUGGCGUUGUGUAAAAUAAAAUAAAAAAAUUAAUACAUAAGCCCCUUAAAUGUAUUAGGAGUAUUUAUAGUUACUGAACAGGCAUAUUUUCCUACAACAAAAUCUGCAAGUGGUAAAUUCUGCAAUUGAAUUUUUUUAGCUUAGUUUCCUGAAAAAGUGAAGAUUAUGUAAUUGCACUGCCUGUUCUUGUUUCCCCUUGUAGCUUUUAAAAUUCUGUACACUUCUGCCAGAUUUCACAAAUGAAUGGCAGAGUUAAGAGGUAUUCUUGCAGGUUUUACAAGGAUAGACAGCUGAGAACAACUCAGCCAUUUAUACAUUAUUUAACAGUGGCUGGCCACUGUUUGUAUUAGCCAACAGAUUAUAUGAGGAGACUCCUUGCUAGCUGCAACGUGUGUUGUCGCUUGUAUAGUUGCUUGGGCAAAAGAGGUCUGGAAUCUGAGGGAGGGUAUGGGGGCCAUAGAGGGGAGCUGCAAAUACUAAGGUGAUGUUUAGAGCACAUUUGGACAGGGGACAGCAACUUGUUGGGGAAGGGAUGAGAGAGGUUUUUUAAGUGCUUGUCUGACAUGACAUGACAUGUGUGCUUUAAAAAUGAUGUGGGGAAAACCCACUAUUUAAUUAAGUCAGAAUGAAAGAAGGCAAAAGGCUCAAGUCUGUAGGAACUGGGGCUUCAUACAAAUCUUCAGCCUUUUUUUUUUUUUUUUUGUUGUAAGUAACUGAAUUGAAU